AUGUCUGCGUGGCAGAAGACAAAGCGCUAUUCGAAGAAGGGCUUCGAUAAGGCAUGGGAUACCGUCGACAAAUUGGGCGGGCCCGUCAAUCGCCUGUCGAACAAGCUCGGCGCCGAGGCCUUCUGGCCCAUGUCAAUUGAUAAGGAAAGCGACAAAGCUGCCCGCAUUUUGCGCAGUUUCUGCAAAGAUGGCUUCUAUGCCCCCGAGUCCGAAGAGACCACCGACGAGAAUGGCAAGAUCAAUCGACCCAAAGGAAAGCAACGGGUGAUCAAGAAAAUUCCCUCUAAGGUCGUUAAAAACGCCAAGGGUCUCGCCAUAUUCACUACGAUGAGGACUGGUCUUUGGAUCAGUGGCUCGGGAGGUAGUGGUGUGCUGCUGGCCCGUAUCCCCGAGACCGGAGAAUGGAGUCCACCUUCGGGUAUCAUGCUUCAUACUGCUGCCAUUGGAUUCCUGGCUGGUGUCGACAUUUACGACUGCGUCGUUGUCAUCAACACAUACGAAGCCCUCGAAGCCUUUAAGAAAGUGCGCUGCACACUCGGUGGCGAGGUCAGUGCCGCCGCCGGCCCCGUAGGAAUGGGUGGCGUACUCGAUUCCGAAGUCCACAAACGUCAGUCCCCGAUCUGGACAUAUAUGAAGAGCAAGGGUCUAUAUGCUGGCGUGGCCGUGGAUGGAACGAUCAUCAUUGAGCGAACCGACGAAAAUGAGAAAUUCUACGGCGAGCGUAUCUCCGUGACCGACAUUUUGGCAGGCAAAGUGCGCCAUCCACCAGAUUCGAUCAAGACGCUUCUUCAAACCGUCAAAGCAGCCCAGGGCGAUGUGGAUGUCGACGAGAGCUUGGUUCCACCUCCAGGUGAAACCCCUGGUGAUCUAGACGUCACAGGGAAUGACCAUCCUUUUGGCGUGCCACAUAUGGACGAUCCGGACCCUUAUGGAGUGAAAGCGUUGGAGGCCGAGGGCAUGUUUAUCCGGGAGGCCGGCUCGAAGGUGAGGCCAAGUCAUGAAGCUUUUGAAUUCCGGCCCAGCCCCGGUAGCCCGGUGUAUGCGACGUUCUCCCGGCGUAGCCUCGAUAGCUCACCGCGGAAUAGCUGGAGGGCCAGCGUACAGAGCUACAGGAGCGUUGACCGUGGCACACAAACAGAGGACGCAUCGCUAACUGCGCCCACGUCAGUAAGCCGAGAGUCCUCACUGAGCGCGAAGGAAUCCGCCAGUGGGCCGUCUGCGAACCCGUGGGAAGAGUAUGAGAAGGCUGGUUGGGAUACGGUGCCUAUUCAUGGUGGCGAGUUGGAAGAGGAGGUUGCCCACGACGAUAAACUAGACGAGAAUGUGCAUGAAGUCUCCAACGCGACUAUCACGAGGCAGGAGAGCCCGAAGGAGGAGGAGGUUGACGCUGUCGACUCCAGACGCAUGUCGCCCACGUUCACAAGAGCCAAGCUGGUCACCAUCAACAAACGCGGAACUCCUCCACCCCUGCCUCCCCGCCACCCUCGACACACUUGGGGCUCUGGCUCUAGUCGUGAAUCAACGUCUCCCACCGCACUUUCGCACACUAGCCGAAGCACCGAGCAGACCGAAACUCCUGCUGAGGCGACCGAGUCUACCGAAAAGUCCACUGAGUCCACAGGACUCCCUUCGAACGUCAAGACACUUCAGACUAGCACCGUCGCUCCCGCUAUUGUGGACGAUGUUGAUUUCGACGAGUCAGACACUGAGCUUCCUACCGACAAGGACGAGUUCCUCUCAGCUCGUGGCGACAAUGAGGACGAUAACGAGCAACACACUCUAGCUGAAGGACUCGCGGCCUUGAAGGCCGAAGAACCCAAGGCAGAAUUCGAGGAGUCUGUUGCAGAGACCGAGACCUCGAAAGCCGAGACCAAGGCAGAGAAGAAAGAAGUCGAGGGUGCUGAGGAUGUGCUGAGCCAGCUCGAAGAAAAGUUCCCCUCGCCUGAAGUUGAGUCACAGGCUGAGAAGGUGGACACUAGCAAGCCGUUCUCUGACAACAAGUUUGGGCCGCUGGAGGUCGACGAGGAGUCGGACGAUACGAUCGAGACCUCUGCCGAGCAGAAGGUUCACUCACCUGACAUCAGUCCUAAGACCCAAGCGUAA